AUGUGCAAGAAAAUAUUCUUACUUCUCCUACUUUCGAUAUGCCAAUGAGACAUAGUGGUCGAUUCAUUUUCCUUUACACCACAGUUUGUGAGACAAGCUUCAGAAUAUACUUUUGUGAUAAGAUCUCCAAAUCUUUCAUGGAUAACUGCGACUCAAAUCCUUAUAUAUUUUGACUUUGAACUGUAUGAGUUGGAUAAUGUUUCAUAUACAUGCACGUCAAAGACUAAGUUGAAUACAGAUCCUGAGAAAAUAGCCUCUUCUCCUGUAUGCCAAGGAGUUGUAGAAGGGGCUAAGAAAUAUAUAAAAGUUACUGAUUACUUGGUAGACCCAUAUGCAUUUAAUACUACAAUUACCUUGGUUAUUUCAGGAAUUCCUAAUGCUAGAAGCUCACAUUAUAUCUCAGGAAUUCAUUUCGAGAUUAAGACGAUUGUAAAUUCAAUUCUUAUUGUUCAUGGAAUCACUCAAGGUUUUAAGUGCUUACCUAAUAGCAUAACAUCUCCUUCUCUAACUCAAAGUACUCAGAAUAGGCACGAGACUGGUAAUGUGGAUAUUACUUUUACUACCUCAACUUCUGCAAACCAGAAUGAUUUGAUCCUCAUUAAAUUCCCACAAGGUAUAACGAUUCAUUAUGACUUCUCCUGAACAUCUUUAAGCGGUUUCUCUGGAACUUUGGAAUGUAGAAAACUUUCUGAACUUAACAUUCUGGUUAAAGAGGCAUUUUCAGGGUCAGCUGUUACCAGUGCUGGAACUUUCUCAUUAAGAAUUCAAGGAGUUUAUGGGCAUAUUGAAUGGCACGAGACAGAGAGUAUGGUUAUCAAGACCAUGGAUGGUGUUUAUGAAGGCAUUAUUGAUGAAACAGCUGAAAAUGAGAUUUCACUUAAAUUUUCAUUUGAGAGAAUUACUUCUAGAGUAUUGUGUGAUGCAGAGUAUUGAAAUCAAGCUACCAGUGCAGCCGAAAAACAAGCUCUUGUAGAUUUAUAUACAUCAACAGAUGGAGCAAAUUGGUUGGUGAAGACAAAUUGGAACACUGGUGAUCCAUGUCAGAAUUCUUGGUACGGCAUAAUGUGAAAUAAAUAUGGACAAAUAAUAGCGAUAAACUUCUUCGAGAAUAAACUUACAGGAACAAUUCCAGAUUCUAUCUCUGAUCUAACUUACCUCAUAUAUUUAAAUAUAUGGAAUGAUGCGAGGGAGUAUGAAGGAGAGGAUAAUGUUAAUAAAAAUACUAUAUCUGCUUGGAACCCCAAAAUUCAUGAGUUAGUAAAUCUAGAAGAAAUUAACUUCAUUAACCUCGGUAUGACUGGUACUCUAGACAUUACAUUCAACAACCUAGCUAGUCUAAAAAGUGCAAAUCUUGGCUAUAAUACCUUUACUGGGAGCCUGCCUGAUAACUUUGGGAAUAUGCCAAAUUUGGAAAACUUUCAAAUCUCCCACAGUUCUCUAAGUGGAAAUUUACCUGCUUCUCUUUCAACACUGCAAAAACUGAAAUUUGUGGAACUCGAUAACAACCAAUUUACUGGAAGUGCUCCAAUUCUGACUUCUCCAGAACUGGUUGGACUUGAGUUAUCAGACAAUCAGCUAUCAGGAUCUUUUCCUUCGACUUAUUUCUCUACAACAAGUUAUCUAAAGCUGGAGUUUGUAAAUGUCUUGUUCAAUAGCAUUGUAGUACCAAACCAUUGCUUGAAAUAUGUCUAUUGCUUUAAAAAUGUUAUGAUAGACACUAUUGACGGAGACACUAUCACUACACUUGAUUCUGGCACUACAACAUUCAUAAAUUCAGCAGAGGCUACAGAGGAAGAAGAUGUCAUAGAGUUUUAAAAUUCAAUCAAGAUCAAA